UUGACAGGUGGGGAGACAGAAGAUGUCAAUUGUUUAAGAUGUGAUUAACAGAUGAUGGAUUCAGCGUUGAGUGUUGUGGUUAUUAAUAAUGCACACCAGGGUUAGAAUGUUGAAGUAAUGCCCAGAACAUGGCAACGAAUAAUUUGCAAUGGCAGCGCUUUUGUAUAUGUAUCCAGAAACACGCCCCUCCCGUUCAUUCUGUCACUUUGGAUUUAAAGUGAUUUAAGUACACCUAAUAAAUUAAAACUUUAUUGUUAGACUUAAUUGUUUAUCGCGAUAGUAGUCGUUUAUGCAUGCUGCAUCACUGGUAAUUCGUUUUAUAUAGGUAUGGAAGAUAGCCUGAGUGUAAGGUCGUACGAAUCAGGUACUACUAGUGAAGAAUAUGAGAUUUUAGCUGGGAAUACCGUCAAUAGACCCCAGCUCCAUAUUGCAGAUGACGGUAGCAUUGAUGACUUAAGAAAAAAUUUGAGAGAAGUACUGUCAGAAGACUGCCAGAGUCCAAAAAUGGAAAAUAGUAUAAAUAAUGCAGCUGUUACCCAGUCCUCAGAUGCAGAAGCUAUUAAAAUUGUCGGCAAAAGCAUAUUUUAUAAUGAGGACUCGGACAUUUCAAACUCACCAUCAAAUGAAGUAGAGAAGGAAGACACCAUGAAGAAUGAAGAAUUGACAAAUGUUCCAGAUGUGCAACAGGAGUGUACUAUUUUUAAUGGAGUAACAUAUCUUGGUUCAGCUGCCAUAAAUGCUCCUAAAAGUGAAGCAGAGAUUCAGAGGAAUAUGGCAAUAUUAAAUGAACAGUCUAUAGAAAGUGGAAUUAAAAUUUCUGUGUCCGUUCCAAGCUCUUCCGAUGGAACAGUUGUGUUGUAUGAUGCAGCUACAAAUGCUGUGAUGGCACAGUAUGAAAUCCACCGGAUCUUGUACUACAGCAGAGGAACAGUAGGAACUAAGGAGGCGCCAUGUUUUGCAUUUACAUGGUCUCAUGGAGAAUCCCACGAAUCAGCCAUAUUUCAGUGCCAUGUAUUUAGAUGUGAUAUUCCAGAAGCUGUGGGCCAAGUUUCUGGAUGUUUCUCCAAGGCAUUCCAGCGUGUACCAAAGAGUCUUAUGAAUUCAGUGACAAGUCUUUCCAGUCCAGCACAGUCAGAUGAAGUGUUCAUUUUUCAAGUUACAAUGGCAAUCAAAGAAGAUGAUGGUCAUGGAAAUUUCUCACCUGUUGCAAGAGAUAGAAGUCAUUUCAAACUACGAGUUAAUAUGGAGAAGAAAAUAUGUCUUACUGUACAGCAAGCAUCAGAACAUGGAAAGGAACUGGAAGUAGAACGCUGCUUUGGUGUUCUUAUCAGCCCAGGCCGUUACCGCAAGCACUCUGAUCUGCAACUUCUGGAAAUGGAGGCUCAUCCAUGCUCAGAUUCUGGUGAUAAGCUUGGUUCAUAUCUUAUAUAUGGUCACUGGGAUCCUACAGAACCAGCUUUCGAGUCGCUGAAUAACCCAACACUUCAAGAUUAUUUGACAGUUGCUGUAGAUCUUGUGAUAAAAGGAAUCCAAGAACCAGUGAGAUUUAUAAUUGAGACACAAGUGCGAAUAUUUUCAAAAAAUGAACGUUUUUGGUAUCACAGUAGGAGGCCAUUGACACAACAAUUUAAUCUUCAUUUGAAAGAGAUACCAAGCAAUGAUUUAUCUGAAACACUCUAUGAAGUCAUGAAAAUUGAGAGUAGUGGAAAUUUCGAUGAGACACGAAGGAUUCCAGCUUUAACUCUUGCUUAUCUAACGAGUUCUCCAGCCAUUCCAGACUUAGAUAAUUUGACUCCCAGCAAUGAAGAAUUGUCAGAUGGUGAUGAGCCAUUGCUAAGUGGCACUGGUUCAGUGUCUAAAGACUGUUCAGAGGUUGAACUGGAAUCGUGGGCAGAAGUGCUUCUACGGUGGAGCAGUACAAAUCAGCGUCCACGUCAGUUAGCAGCAUUAGUACGUGCUGGAAUACCAGAAGCUCUUAGGGGAGAGGUGUGGCAACGCUUAGCUUGCUGUGACACUGACACUGCUACAAUGGAUACUUACCGUAUUCUUAUUACAAAGGACAGUCCAUGUGAGACUGUGAUACAGAGAGACAUUAAUCGGACAUUUCCAGCACAUGACUUUUUCAAAGAGGCUGGUGGAUUGGGGCAGGACUCCCUCUAUCGUAUCUCUAAAGCGUAUGCUGUUUAUGAUACGGAAGUUGGAUACUGUCAAGGCUUAAGCUUCUUAGCAGCAACUUUGCUUCUUCAUAUGCCAGAGGAACAAGCCUUCUGUGUCCUUAUUAAACUAAUGUACAAUUAUGGCCUACGAGAUUUGUACAAGGAUGGCUUUGAUGUCCUCUACUUGAGAUUGUAUCAAUUGGACAGGUUGAUGGAGGAGCAGUUACCCAAAUUGUGGCAGCAUUUUACUGAGAAAGGUGUAGAGUCACACAUGUUUGCCUCUCAAUGGUUCCUAACUGUUUUUACAGCUAGGUUUCCACUGUAUUUUGUUUUCCAUAUUUUAGAUGUUUUCCUAUUACAAGGAGUAGAAACUCUGUUUCAAGUUGCAUUGGCUCUGCUGAUGGUUUGUAAGAAGGAAUUACUCACGCUUGAUUUUGAGACGACACUUAAGUAUUUCAGAGUUUCCCUUCCAAAGAAAUGUCGUUCUGAAGAAGUUGCCAAAAAUAUAAUGAAACUAGCUACAAGUCUGAAAGUAAAAAAGCUAAAAAAGUAUGAACAGGAAUUCAUAUCUGAAAAAGAAGCCCAAGAAGCUGAAAAGAGUUAUGCAAGUCGACUUGAAUUUCUGCAGGCUUCCCUGCAACGUUCUGAGGAAGAAAAGAGAAGCCUCGAAGAAGAAACAUUGCAGAUUAAAGAAAUGCUGCAACGUGAAGUACAAAGGGCUGAAAAUGAAAGCUGCAGAAAUAAUACGAUCAUUACGGAAUAUAAACAGAUUUGCCAGAGACUGGAUGCGGAAAAGAUUGCAGCUAAAUUGGCACUACAGGAACUAAGGGCACAAGUUAAGUUAUGCAAUCAGUGUCGGAAACUGGUCUGUGGCACUGAGGAAGAAGUGACAGCAAACACAGGAACGCCAGCUGCUACUAUUGAUCCCCAACUUCAAAGGGCGCAGGAAAGGAUUAGGGAGCUAGAGCUAGAACUAGCACAAACAAAACUUGCUCGAGUACAAGCAGAAUGUCUUAAUCAGGACCUUCUACACAAAUUACACACAGCUAUUACAGAAGCACAAAUGAAUAAAACAACAUGGCCACCAUGGUUCCAAAAGACAUUAAGCUCAAUAAAGGAAGUGGCAAAAAAGGAUCUUAAAGAUGUAAACAUCAAGAUAUAUCCUAAAGAGGGAAACAGUAAAAGUGAAGUAUCAGGAACAAGUCCCAAAAGACGUGAUUCAGCACCUCCAUUCCCAAGAGAUUCUUACAGCCGUGAUAGCCUGUUUGAUGCAAGUUGUUAAAAAGAAACACAUUUGUGAUUAUGAUUUUCACAAUGAGCUUGUGUUUCAUCUGUGUCUGUUGUCCCACAGGUAAUUUUUUUGUGGCUGUAGUAAUAUGUGAUAUAAAAUUUUUGAGAAUGAAAAAUCUAGUUUAUUUACAUACAAUUUGUAAUACAGCAUACAAGAAGUUUGUAUGUGUUAAUUAUGAAAUGUUAGUAUAAUCUGUUCAUAAUAUCCAGUAGUCUGUCUUGAAAUGAGUAUACACCCCUUUGUUAUAGUGAUGUAUGUUAUUUACAUCUGUAAAUUAACAAACAGAGUCGAAGUCUUGGAAGCCUGGAAGUCAACUUGCAUAAAUUUUGUACUUUUCUGGUCAUUCUUUGUUAGAAGCUAGUUUGAAAAUUUCAUUGUAUAUGUUAUGCUGUACCUUCAGUAUCAAGAUUUUUUUGUACAUAAUAUCUAUAGUGUUGCUCAUCUUAAUUGAAAGGAGUUUAUACAUUGUCUUUUUUGGUAUACAUGCAAUAAAACAAAAGCUGUCAUUUCCACAAAUAAUGAGAUUUCUAACAGUAUUAUUGCUUUAUCCUCUAUUGGAAACAUUAUCAUUUUGAACAUGACAAUGAGUAAUGUAUUUAUAAAACGUAAAUACCAGAUGUACUUAACAUUGAUCAGUGUUUAUGGUUAUGUAAUUCUAACUAAUACAGAGCAAUAUAUUCCUUGUGAACAAAACUAAAAGAAUGGUUAUAGAAUUAAUUUUUUUACAUUUGUAACUUCUUUUACUACUGAAAAGUGUCACCACUCUGCUGGAAAACAAGUAAUUCAUAUAGCAUAAAAAUAUAGUUUGUGUUUUUUUAUGUGUUGCAUUUAUUAUUGUUAAAUACUCAUGUUUUGAUACUAGUCUGUGAAUUAAGUAACAAUCCAAAAUUUCAGAAACAUAAAUGUUAGCAACUACAAUUACUGCAAAGAAUAUUCUGUAUUUACAUUACCAAAAGCAUUUUUUACAGUGUACUUGUAAAUGAAAUGAACCACAUGCAGAUUUCUGUGGUAAAUAAACAUUAUGUA